AUGUCCCCCCAAAAAUCAUCAAUCGCAGGCCCCAAAGCCCUCGCAUUCUCGGCAAUAACCAUUGGCCUUGCCGCCUUUCUCGCCCGCCCAAUAACCCGCUUCACCACCGUCCUGGGCGUCUUCCGCCAACCUGUCCCUACAGUAAUCGAAGAUGGCAACCUCAUAACCAUUCCCGAUACAAUGCUUUGCGAGGAUUUGCAUCUUCACAAGCCUAGCAAUCUUCUGUUUACAGCUUGUGAGGAUUCAUAUGAGUCGAGAUUUUCGUGGUUUCCUGGUCUUGGCGUUCUUCACGACCCCCGCAAGAUGCGUGGGUCUCUGCACGUCAUCGAUCCCAAAACUUUCACUAGCAAGAGAUUGGAGUUCGAAGGCUUUGGGGACACAUUUGUUACGCAUGGUAUUGAUGUUAUAACUGAUCCUAAGGAUAAUGGUGCGGUUUAUAUCUUUGCGAUCAAUCAUCUUCCCAAUCCGGAAUAUGUGAAGGAUAAGACAUUCGCUGGGAACAAAGCUGCUUCUCAGAUUGAGAUCUUUCAUCAUCGGCUUGGUUCCUCAACUGCCAAGUAUGUUCGGUCUGUCAGCCAUCCAUUGAUCCAAACGCCGAACGAUAUCGUCGUCAGGUCUUUGGACAGCUUUUAUGUUACCAAUGAUCAUUAUUAUCGGGAGGGUGUGAUGCGACAAAUUGAGGAUGUGUACUACGGCGCAAAAUGGUCUACGACGAUUUUUGUUCAGAUCAAGGAUAUAAAAUCGAAGGAUGCUGCUGGUGGUAUUGAGGCUUCUGUCGCACUUACUGGACUUCAUAACAACAACGGUCUCAGCCACGGAAGAACACCCGACGAAAUCGCAAUCGGAAGCGCAGCGAGCGGUGAUAUCCACAUCGCAAACGUCAACGCCAACAACACCCUCUCCGUCCUCGAAACAAUUCCUUUCGACACAGCCGUUGACAAUCCCUCAUGGUAUUCCGACCCAUACUCCAAUGUUGGAGGCGACAGCAGCGGUUAUGUCUCUGCCGGUCUCUCAAAGGCCGGCGAUCUGGCAAAGUCAGUCGGUGUAGCUACUGGAACGGAACCCGUGAUGGUGUGGCUCGCGCAGCAUAAGAAUGGAAAGUGGGAGAAGAAGCUCCUUUUUGAGGAUGAUGGAAAGAGGUUGAGGUCAGCUGCUACGGCUGUUCUAAUUGGAAUUAAUCCGGCUUUGGAAGGUGAGAAGAAGAAGGGUUGGUUGUUCGUCACAGGAUUUUAUUCGAAGAGUAUGAUAGCUGUCAAGGUCGAUCUGUAG